CUGAGUCAGUACUACUGACCACCAUUACCAGUAGCCGUGAUGCCUAAUUGAAGACCCAUUUCCAGCUCUUCCUGACCACGAAGGUCUUGGUUGGCUCUGGACUUAAUGAACUGGAUCGCCACCUCGCCUCAACUAACUUGAUUUUAGUAUUGGGUUAAAAUCGUUGUUUCCUUCUUCUAUUUUUAGUGCUGAAUUGAUGCUGGUAACGGCUAACUGCUGUAUUGUGGGCAUGGGCGCUGUCCCUUCACUACAGCAAACGGCUCGCGGCGCACUCCUCCGCGAUUCUUGAGCUGAAGCUGUCAGUAGCAAUGUCCGCGAUGCAGAACAUGAAGUGUGUGGUCGUCGGCGACGGAGCUGUGGGCAAGACGUGCGUGCUCAUCUCGUACACGACCAACACCUUUCCAGGCGAGUACAUCCCCACGGUGUUCGACAACUACAGCGCCAACGUCAUGGUAGACAACAGGCCCAUCAACCUGGGACUUUGGGAUACAGCAGGUCAGGAAGACUACGAUCGCCUGCGUCCGCUGAGCUACCCACAGACAGAUGUGUUUCUCAUCUGCUUCUCUGUCGUUAGUCGUGCCUCGUUCGAGAACGUCAAGUCUAAGUGGCUGCCAGAAAUCCGUCAUCACGCUCCGGGUGUGCCGUUCAUUCUCGUGGGCACGAAGUCAGAUCUACGGGACGACGAAGAAACGCUCGAAAAGCUUAAAGAGAAGAAGCUCGCCCCAAUCACCAAGGAGCAGGGUGAGACUCUCAAAACCGAGCUAGGUGCGUACAAGUAUAUGGAAUGCUCGGCACUGACGCAGAAGGGGCUCAAGUCGGUGUUCGACGAGGCCAUUCGAUGUGUGAUCACGAACCAGCAGAAUCCCAAGGCCAAGCAACGAUCUUUUAAGUGCUCCAUUCUGUAGACAUGGUUUGACGACUGGUGAGACCAUUGCUUUCACGGUUCUUGUUGGGUCUUUGAACCAUGCUCGUCGGUAACAAUCCAGUAAAUGCAUCACUACUUUUUACGAUCUU